AUGGCAUCAUGUAUAUUAUACCAAAAUCUGGACUCAACUGUCAUACUUAUCGACAUUCCCCGCUCAAUUGAAGAAGCUCAAGGAGAUUCUUCACAGAGAUUGCUUUCAUCGAAGCCGAUCGAGCAUCCGUUUCCAUCCGUUGAGCCGAAGUCUGAAAAGGCACGAAAAAAUCUUGGAGAACUUGCUUUGGAAGAGUUGAUCUUGCAGAAACAUAUACAGCUUUCAUUGGAUCAGUUGAGCAAUGAAUGGAGUGGAGAGUGGUGUCUACCACGAGGAGAGGAACAGCGCGAAGUUGCAAAAAGCCCUGAGACGGAAGAGAGUACAGAUCAAGAUCCGAAUGCCAACCCCAAAGAUGGGACUUUCUUCAGGAACUCUACGCUGAAACCAACAAUAAUACCCGUGGGGAAAGAUGCUGUACAGGUACCCUCCAACUCAACAGCAUUAUGCGGAGACAUCACAUCCACAACCGAGAUCUUCAUCUCCCAGGCCCCAAAAUUCGACCUUAUAAUCCUCGACCCACCAUGGCCAAACCGCUCAGCACGAAGAAAGAAGUCAUACGGAGUCUCAUACGGUAACCACGAGAUCCGAUCCUUGUUGUUAUCACUUCCCCUCACAAACAACCUUACAGACGACGCUCUCGUAGGGGUCUGGGUAACCAACAAACCGACCUUUCGCGAGAUGGUACUUGGUGAAAGAGGCCUAUUCGAGGAAUGGGGUGUACAGUUGGUAGAAGAGUGGAUGUGGCUUAAGGUUACUUCAACAGGGGAGCCGAUAUCCGAGUUGAGUUCGAUGUGGAGGAAACCAUACGAGAUUUUGCUUGUAGGAAGGAGGACUAUUUCCAGAAAUGGGGAUGUGAAAAGGAGAGUCUUGGUCGGAGUUCCGGAUCUGCAUUCCCAGAAGCCAAAUCUGAAGAGUAUUUUCGAACAGGUGAUGAAGAAAGAGAAGUAUGAGGCAUUGGAGGUCUUUGCCAGGAACCUAACGGUCGGGUGGUGGGGCUGGGGGGACGAAGUGCUGAAGUUCCAGAGUGAGGAGUACUGGAUAGAGGGAGAGCAUUUAACCCAGGAUAUCCCAUAA